AUGGUGUCGACGGGGGAUGCUGGUGCAAAUUCGGUUGGGAUGGCGUUGAUCGAUGACUGUGCUAAGCUCUGUAUCUUCAUUGCUCGCCUAGAGCAAGGUGAGACUAGCAGCCAUAUGGAAUACCAGUUAGAUCCUGAAAAAGAAUCAACUGAUGGAAAAAAAUCCGGGAUACCAAAUGCUUGUUCCUUGCACCAAGUGAGACAAAAUACAAAGUUGGGGCACAGGUUGCAGUUUGAUAAGAUAGAAAGGUAUUUUGAAGAUUUCCACCCAGAAUUAAUAAAGAGUGUAGACAGCUCUUUAUCAAAAUAUAAUGGGUUUCAUCAAAAGCAACGGGUUGAAAGGAAGGUCCAUCAGAGUGAAGAACUUGUUAAGUACAUGUCAAAAUUACCGAGUUUUCUGGAGAGAGGAGAAAACCCCCGGGAAAAGGCUUUCAAUGUUGGGGUCCUCGAUUGGCACCUUCUCGAGAAAUGGCAGCUUAAUCAGAAGGAGAUCAUCCCAGGAAAUGGGAAGCACACACCUCUUUGUACCAAUAUCUCACCAAUUUCUUCAAAAAAUGAAGGGAAGUUUCAAGACUGCAAAGCUGGUCCAAUUCAUCCACUGAAGGUGCAACGGAGUCCAGUGGGUGAACAUCAGUCUUUUAGCCAAGACACUGAGAACAGAUUAAAGGAGCGAAGAAGUAAAGAACCGGACCUUCAGAGAAAUUCUGAGAUGAGGAGAUUGCAACAUUUGGAAAGUGAUAGCAUGGCAUCCUGUUCGAAAGGGAAGAUGAAGGUUCGACAUGGAGCCAUGAUGGGACAAGAGGAAUUAGAAGUUACAAGGCGCAAUAUUACUGAUCAUUAUUGCAGUGAUCGAAACAAAAAUGCGGUCUUAUUUCCAAAAGAUGGACCGGAGAAUAGGUUUUCUGCAAUUUCCGAUCCAUCCUAUUCAUCAAAAGUUGGUGAUCAGAGAUCAAUGGAUGUAAAUCAACACAGCCUUUCUGGAGAAUCUAGAGUGAGUGUCUGCCGUGCAGAUGUCCCUCAUGAAGCCAACAAUAUAGUCUCAUGGUUAGAUGACUCCUGCUCCAAAGAUGAGAGUAUAAAGUUGUCGUCAGAGAGAAGUCAGAGAGUAAAGUUUCCGGUCAAUAACUCAUUUAGUCCCUCCAGUGGCAAGAAGCUGGAGGAGAAGAAUUUGAGCCUAAUGUCAAAAGACGUAACUAAAAAUAAAUCUUCUGAUCAAGAAUUAAACCCGAAAACAGACAUUUCUGCUGUUGAUAAGGUUAGGAAUCCUUCACCAACUCGUCGAUUUAGCUUUGACAUGGGUAAAAUGGGCAAGUGUCCGAGCUCAAAAGAGACUUCAGCAAUUCCACAUUCAGGCGCCAAAGAUAUUGCGGUUAAAUCUGGUUCAGAGGUAACUUCUACUUGUGAUAAAUCAAAUGAUACUAGCAGAUCCAGAUCAAGUCCUUUGAGAAGGUUACUUGAUCCAUUUUUGAAGCCAAAGGCAGGCAUAUCCAAUCACUUUGGUAAGUCAUUGGAGAGAAAUUCGUCCACAACUGAUAGGGCUGUCAAAUCGUCCAUAGUACGGGGAGAAGCGCCAGCUUUUCAUUUUGUAAGUGCAAAAUUCGAUUUGAAGGAUUGCAAGACUAUUGAUAUUGAUAACCCAAAUAAUGAGAAGACUGGAUCAUCAACAGUACAAGCUCUCCUUCAAGUGGCUGUAAAGAAUGGCCUUCCUUUUUUCACAUUUGCUGUUGACAAAAAAAGAGACAUUUUAGCAGCGACGGUAAAAAAUUUAAGUUUGAGAAAAAAUGUGAACAGAUGGAUGUAUACGUUUUUCUCUAUGCGGGAAAUGAAGAAAAAGAAUGGACAUUGGAUAAAUCAAGGAGGUAAAGACAGAAAUCACGGAUAUAUUCCUAAUGUUGUCGCACAGAUGAGAGUUUCUGAUGUUUUCUCCUUGGAGCCGAGCAGACAGAGGUCUGUUAUUAAAUCUAGAACUAGGGAGUUCGUAUUGUUUUCUGUGGGUACUGGAGAUGUCGAUCAUCAAACAUCAGACAUGUUGCCUAGUGAUGAACUUGCAGCUAUUAUUAUGAAAUUUCCGGGAAAGAUUGAUAGACAGAUAAACGGAGAUGUCCUGCUGAGUGAUAACUCUAAAGAUGACGAGGGAAAUCUAUAUUUGGUUCCAAGUGAAGACCUACUAAGUACGACAGUCGUACUUCCUGGCGGAGAUCAUGGAGUGCCUGGUAAAGGAGAACCUUCUCCACUAAUCGAACGAUGGAAAUCCGGGGGAUCGUGUGAUUGUGGGGGUUGGGAUAUGGGAUGUAAAAUACGAGUUCUUGCUAAUCACAACCUGUCAAGUGAGAAAUGCAGCUCAACUGGAGGGCGAUUCGAGCUAUUUUCUCAGGACGAAGUUUCAGAGUCUAAGCCCUUCUUCAGCUUGUCAUGGUUCAGUGAUGGGAUCUUCUCAGUCGAGUUUAGUUCAUCACUCGAGCUUCUACAAGCAUUUUCCAUUGGAAUAGCCCUUUUUAACGGCAUGAAACCAGCUGUCUUCUCAGAACCGGACAACUUUGUCGGAUGCAAGACUUCUGAAGAAAUUACAUUACCAGGAAACAACAUGGCAAAAAUUUCCAAGCAAGAGGUCUCUGCAAAGUAUGCCUCACUUCCUCCUCUUUCCCCAGUUGGAAGAGAGUGCAAGAAAUUAAGGGUUGCACUUCAGCUUAUUACCGAAAGGAUAGUCCUAGAGGGUAAUUCAACUACCAUUGCAGGUAUUCUUGGGAGGGAGGAAAAAGAUGGUUCAGGGUUGCAAGUGGUGCUGGAAGAGUGA